UGUGUUUGUACUUAUACUUGGUCAAUAUAUUUUGUAAUUACAAAUAUGAGUGUGAGUAAGUGUGUGCAUUGUGGGCACGAAGACAAUGCAUACACCGAAACAUGCGAAAAUGAAUGCAACAAAAUUAAGCUAUUUGGUGUUCGGAUUAGUGUUGCGAAAGCCGAUCCAUCUUCCAUCCGAAAGUGUAGGAGCAUGGAAGAUUUAGAGGCGGCCGACCCUGCCCUCGACGAGCCGGGAUAUCUGUCGGAUGGAUUUGUUCAUCAACAUGGAUCUCACAAAAGAAAGCGAGGGAAUCCAUGGAGUGAGGAGGAGCAUCGAUCAUUCUUGAAAGGUUUGGAGAAAUUGGGAAGAGGUAAUUGGAAAGGAAUUGCAACCGAAUUUGUUCCCACAAGAAAAUCCUCCCAAGUUGCUAGUCAUGCUCAAAAAUAUUUUAAUCGAUUGAAAUUGACAAUUUCCAACAAGAAACGACGUCGUGCCAGCGUUUUCGACAUGGCUAGUAGUUCAGCUGGAGCUUCAAAGGAUACAAGGGAGCACAAAGAAAUGCCCCAUGUUAAAAGGCCGCCGCCCGUGCAACCCUAUUCAUGGCGACCCGAUCUUCAGCCAAGAAUUGCAGCAUCAGAAGCAGUUGUAAUGCCAUGGGCGCAAGUGGUGUAUUUACCAUGCCAGAGCCAGACUACUACUUUUCUGCCCAAUAAUUUUUCCACAUUGUGCCUUCAACCACUAAUUAUCAAAAAUUGCACUUAGCAUUAGGGACUUAAUUAAUUAAAACUGCCAUGAUCUCACACAUUUUUUUUUAUUAAGUUUCUUGAAAGACAAUAAUUUCUGAUGCAUCAUAACUUUGAGGUUUUUGAUGUAACAAUAAUCAGAGAUUGGUGAUAAAAUGAAGUUUAAAAUAAACUUUAGACCAACCACACUUAUGAAGAUAAUCACAUCUAGAUUGGCAGACCUGCAAAAUCAACUUCUAACAUCAAAUUAAUAUGUUGACUUUCAUUAGCCACAAACAUCUAAAGCAAAAUAAACUCUUCAUUUUAAUUUUUCUAGAUCACAACAUUCAUUAAAUUUCUCCAUUUUUAAUUUUUUUUUUCCUGGCUAACUAAACUUGUCAAACCGAUCUUAUGCUUUCUAAGGUUAUUCCUCCACUAAUGCAACAUCAUUUAGGUAUUUUACAGAAAUUGAACAACUUUGUGAAUAUCCCACUCAUACAAUUAUUUUUUCAAACGUUUUAAUGAACUGCCCAGUUAUUUGAAAAUUGCCCAGUUUCAAACGUAAAAAAUUGCAAUUUCCAAUCAAUAUCAAUACAGUGGGCUUUUAAAUACUACAUGUAAAAUCAGUUUUGUAACAUAUUUUUGGAAUGGACAACACAAAGAAUAGGUGAAGUAGCUGAAGUGGCAGGGGAGAAGGUGCUUGAACUGGAUCCCGAUGAUGAUGUUGUUUACGAGCUCCUUUUCAGCAUCAACGACAUUUAUCGCUCCAAGGACAGGUGAGACGAGGCUAUUAGCGUGAUGAAGAUGAUGAGAGAUCAAAGAAUCAGGAAAACGUUGAGAUGCAGUUGGAUUGAUAAUGAUAUGGAUGCUGUUUUUUUUUAAUCGAUCAAAUCUUUGUAUAGUCUCUUUUUGAUGCGGGUAAAAAUAUCCAAAAUUGAAUCAAUGUUAAGAGCGAUGACGUCAAAUAGAGAAAUACCAAUGUAACAUAAAGGAUGACGUCAAAUAGAGAAAAUACCAAUGUAACAUAUAGCUUGAAAUUCAUCUUUCACAUUGUCAUAACAG